AUAAUAAGUAUUAUGCGGCUCUGCAAGACACGCCCCCUACAAAGCACGCCCCCCUGAUCCACGUUGUUUUGGGAUUGGAUAACAUGCAGAGAUGGCGAUGGCGGGUCAGACCAACACAACUACUUUUCCAGAUGGCACAAAACCGAAACUGAAGAAAUUGGGAUUUGACAAUUACCAGUGCCCAUUAUGCGAGAAGRUUGGGCCGUACCACARUCUUGUGCCACAUUUACAAAGCUACCACCGGGCCACUGUUAAAUAUGGAGGAUAUAACGUCUACAAAUGCCACUUACAUUGUGUGGCCAAAAACCACUAUCAUUGUACCUUUUGCCUCAAAAUUAUCAUCAGAAAGGAUACGUUCAUUAAUCACUUUAAAAAGUGCUUUUGUCAACAACAAGCAAUGACAGUGACAGUUCCACCAGCAGAGGCAAGGGGCCCACCAGCAGAGACAAGGGGCCCACCAGCAGAGACAAGGGGUCCACCAGCAGAGACAAGGGGGCCACCAGUGGAGACAAGGGGUCCACCAACGGAGACCAGGGGUUUACCAGCAGAGAAAAGGGGCCCACCAGUAGAGACAAGGGGUCCACCAACGGAGACCAGGGGUGUACCAGCAGAGACAAGGGGCCCACCAGUAGAGACAAGGGGUCCACCAAUGGAGACCAGGGGUGUACCAGCAGAGACAAGGGGUCCACCACCAGCAGAGACCAGGGUUCUGCCAGCGGAGACAGGGGGUCCAGCAGCAACAUUGCUUGCUAUCAAAACCAACAUAACUACAUUUCCUGAUGGCACAAAACCAAACCUGAAGAAACUGGGAUUUGACWGUUACCAGUGUCCAUUCUGCGAGAGGGUUGGGCCGUACCACAAUCUUGUGCCACAUUUACAAAGCCACCAGUGGUCCACUGUCAAAUAUGGAGGAUAUAGUGUCUACAAAUGCCACCUGGCUUGUGAGGCCAGAAGCCACUAUCAUUGUGGCUUUUGCCCCAAAUCUAUCAUCAGAAAGGAUACGUUCACCAAUCACUUUAAAAAGUGCCUUGGUCAACAACAAGCAAUGGCAGUGACAGUUCCACCAGCAGUGCCAGAGGAGUCAAGGGGUCCACCACUGGAAAUAAGUGGUCCAUCAUUGGAGACAAAGUGUCUACCAUUGUUACCAGCAGAAACAAGGGGUCCACCAGCUGAGACGAGGGCUCCACCAGCUGAGACRAGGGCUYCACCAGCGGAGAAAAGGGGUCCACCAGCUGAGACCAGGGGUCCACCAGCGAAGAUGAGGGGUCCACCAUUAGAGACAAAUGGUCAACCAAACAAAAUAUUGCUGUCAAAAUGCACGAAAACCAGAUGUUCUUUUUGCAACUUGGUAAUGCAUAAAAAGAACCUGAAAGUACACAUCCAUAGACAUCACUCGACAAAAAUGCCAAACAUCUCCAUCGAUCACUAUCUACAGUCUGUGUGUGUUGACAAAAAGAGGGGCAUUUUUGCAGUUUUAAAGACGUUCAAGGGACCUGCCCAUUACAUUCAUGUCCAAAAGUGUACCUGGGGUGAGGAGCGACGGAUCACCUGUCAAUUGGAUGCAUGCAACAGAUUAUAUGAUUAUGCACGCAGAAGUGGCCAAAUAAGYUUUGAAUGCCAACAUAUUCAGUCACUGAUAUUCAGUCCUGUUCCCACUGAUUUACCCGUUUUACUUGAUGAAGACAUUCUAGCCGAGAUGGUCAUCAACAAGUGGUUCAGCAAGAACACAGAGAAAGGUUGUCUGAGAAGGAAGUUUGCUGCUGAUGCAGAUGGUGCGCUGCUGAGUUAUGAAGUGAAUCUUGUGCAAGAAGAAGGACAGCACUUUUUUUCUGUGUUUGAGCCACGCGUCUCCUCACACUCCAGAUUGGGAAGGCUCAUGGUCCAUUACAACGGCGUCCUAAAUACCUGGCAUUGCCCUUGCAUGAAGGCACGAAAGUCCUGCCCACACAAAGCCAUAGCUAUGUGGCACAUGUACCAGCUAAAUCCUGACUUUUUCAUAAGUCGUGAAAACUUUCAUGAAGACCUCCCUGAGACAUUUUUAGCUGUGACAGAUCCUGCAGUUGACACAGAAGCAGAGAACAUUCCUCUAUAUGCCACCGAAGGGGAAGAACAUAUGAUAAUAGUUGAUUAYGUCAUUUAAUAAAGUGUUUUUGAGUUGAA